CCUGUAUCAAUCCACUCUCGGGAUUUCAUUUACCAGCUCUCAUCGAGAACUCAUUCUGCCUCGGCUCACGAAGUCGCAACUCUUGAUACUCACAAUCGUGCGGGCGCUCUCGUGCGCAGUAGCCCAUCGCUGAAAGGUGGGAGGACGAGAAAGAGGGUGGGGAGACCAUCCAUUCACAUCCGAUUCACAUCCCUUGAUUACGUCGGCGGUACUGUAGCUCACACUGUCCAGCGCAUCAACGCCAGACUGAAAAGGACGGUCACAACUACGACGACGACGACGACGACGACGACGACGACGACGACCAAGAUUGCUGGAUCCUCGCGGCCACGUUCGCUUCCCAACCCGUCCGUCGCAGCUGCGUAGGGGAAAAAGUGAAGACGGCUCGUUUGCACCUCGCUCGCUCGCCAGCUACCCGAGCAGACUGCCAGCUUGAAAGCCCGCCUGGCCGGGGGAAGGAGGACGUAAUAGCGGGCAGCAAACCAAGACAGACAGACUCGCAGGGCCCGCCACCAGCAUGUCCUCGUCCGGGGCCGGUCAUCACCACCACCAACACCCUCAUCACCCCCUUCACGGUGCGGGAGGCAGUGCGGCGGCAGCGGCAUCGUCGUCGUCGUCUUCGCCCGCGUACCACCUCCAUCAUCAUCAUUUUUCAUCCCCAUAUGCCGCAGCCCUCGCAUCCGCAGCCGCAGCCGGCGCCUCCGCGCCCGCCAUUCACUCCGGCUCGGAGGAGCGGAGCGAGGAUGAGUAUGACGAGGACGACGUGACGCCCGGGAUGCGCGACCGCCAAGCUCGCGGCAAGGACCCGUAUAAGGGCACGGGCCACAGCGACUCUGACGAAGACGAGGAUGAAGACGGGGAUGAUGACGACGAUGGGGAUGAGGGGGAUGACGAUGAUGGAGACGAGGAAGACGACGAGCUGGAGGUGGGCAGCGACGGCGUGACGCGGAGGCGAAUGAGGCUCGGGAGGGGGUCAGUCCUUCUCUUUCACCUUGCCACCUUUUCCUUCUUUUGCCCCCCUCGCUUCGUUUUCCCGGCCAAUGGAUAUGAGCUCACUACUGACCUGGGAGAAACAAACAGUAUCAAGGCAGAGCCGUUCGAAGACCGCGAGCGCAGGGGCUUUGCCCUCGCCGUGCUCGACAGCCCCGAACAGCUGAUGAUGUACGCCCAGGGCGCCGGCGACGUGCGUUUUGCCAACUCCUUCCCUCCCCUUUCCUUACUCGCCCUUUCCCAACCCCCACCCUCGCCCUUUGGGCGUCACUUUGGGCGUCACAAAACAAGCCCAUCCAGCUAGCUGACUACGGCCGGAAACCCGGCCUGCAGAGUAUCCCCAGCCAGCGGCGGCGCUUCAGCGCCAUGCUCGCCGGCUUCGAGCCGCUGCCCGCGUCGGCCGACAACGGCUUGUCCGGCGGAGGGCGCUGUCCCCGCAGGAAGAAGAGGCUGCUGCUGCCCCAUCAGCAGCAGCAGCACCAGCAGCGGAGGAACGCGCGGGGCGGCAAGAAGAGGGCUGGAUAGAAAGGAGGAGUACCGGCAUGGGAGCUACGGGGCACGUGGCAGACGUUGUUGUUUGGGAUUGGCAUCGAGUUCGGGUUCGUCCCGACUCCCAUGCCAUGCCAUGCCAUGCCAUGCUAUGCAUCAUGGCAGCCACGACACAUGAGAAUGAGAAACACGCAUAAUAGGCGGGUUAGCACACGACCGUAAUGGCAGUUAUGAAACAUUAAAGAGUCAUGACACAGGGGUCCCGUGAACCGUCUCUUUCUUUCUUUAG